GGUUUAAGGACAAAUCUUUCAUCUAAUUUAAGAAGAUAAGCCUUGGUAGUUAUGAAGGCAAGCUUUCAAUAAUCAUUCGAAUGAAAGAAGAUAAAAGUGCUCAAUAUGUAUACUAUAAUUUAGUUACAUCAUCUUAUAAAUACAAGAAAGUUUUUGGAGAUUUAAUCGAAGUUUAGAUUUCUAUAAAUUAUUUUAGUGUUAUUAACUUAAAAAAACAGAAAAAUAAUAAAACAAAAAUGAAAUAUCUGUAAUUAUGAGAUUUUUUCCAAUAAACUUCAACAAAGGAAAAUUGUUAUCUAUACAGGAUAUUAGAGCAGAAGAAUUAUUUAUUUGUAAUUUAAUAAUUUAAUUUUUAUAGAUUAAGGUUAUAAAUAUGGAAUUUUUAAGGCAAAAGAUUAUGAAAUAGCAGAAAAUUUUAAGUAAGAAUUAUUAAGGUUUAUAAAUCAUAUAUUGUUUAGUUAUUUUUAAAGGAAAAAAUAUUAAGAAGCGCAUAUUACAAUAUUAGAAAAGAAAAAAUAAAAACCUUUAAAUAACAAAGCAUUUAUGGAAGAUGAUUGUUAAAAUCCUCGUGAAUAAUUAGAAUAAAAAAUAGGAAUAUCCUUAAGUCCUCCAAAAAUUACACCUUAAAUUAUUAUUAAAUAAUAAGAGUAGUAAUAAUUAAAGAAAACUUUUAUUUAACCAAUUAUUAGUGCAAUGUAUUAUAUCUAAUUAAAUUCAAUAGUAAAAUUUCUUAAGAAGAGUAAUAAAUAAAAUAAACUAUUGUGAAAUCAGCAAUUAUAGAGAAGGCUGAAUAAAAAGUUAUUGCAAGACCAGUUUAAUUAAAGCCAUUAAUUAUAUCAAUUGAUAGAGAAAGAAGUUCAAGGAAAAAAUGA